UGACGUGACGUCACUUGCGGAGGUAAAAUGGCGACUAUUGUGGCAUCGUCAAAACAGAAGUGACUACCUGAAACCAGCGAGAGAAUACUGAGGAUUCUACGAAACAACCAAUAAUUACCGUUUUAUUUUGGAUCAUAUCAAACUUCAGUCAUGAACAACGAACAAGCGACCGAACAAACCAGCGCGAGUUCGGAGGGCAUCGUGGGCCUGGACGAGCCCAAGAAGAUGACCAGGGAGGACUGGAGGAAGAAGAAGGAGCUGGAGGAGCAGAGGAAGCUGGGAAAUGCUCCUGCUGAGGUGGACGAAGAGGGAAAGGACAUAAACCCUCACAUCCCACAAUAUAUUUCAUCAGUACCAUGGUACAUUGACCCAUCCAAAAGACCAACACUAAAACAUCAGAGGCCACAGCCUGAAAACCAGAGACAAUACUCUGCCAUCGGUGACUGGUAUAAGAGAGGAGUGCAAGAGACCGGUGUUGCUACUAAAUUCCGUAAGGGAGCUUGUGAAAACUGUGGCGCUAUAACACACAAGAAGAAAGACUGCAUGGAGCGACCAAGAAAAGUUGGGGCUAAGUACACAGGCACAGGCAUAGCUCCUGAUGAACACUCUCAGAUCCAACUUUCAAUGGACUAUGAUGGGAAGCGUGAUCGCUGGAAUGGGUAUGACCCUGAAGAACAUCAGCGCAUUGUGGAAGAGUAUGCCAAAGUAGACCUGGCCAAACGUACACUUAAGGCACAGAAGCUUCAAGAUGAAUUGGCCUCAGGAAAACUGGAUCAAACUGAGCGGGAACAUGAUAGUGAAGAUGAGGAUGAAGAUAAGUAUGCUGAUGACAUUGACAUGCCGGGUCAGAACUUCGACUCAAAGAGACGAAUCACUGUCAGGAAUCUGCGUAUCAGAGAAGACACAGCUAAAUACCUGAGGAAUCUGGAUCCAAAUUCUGCAUAUUAUGACCCAAAGACUCGUGCUAUGAGAGAGAAUCCAUACGCCAACACUGGCAUGAACCCAGACGAAGUUGGAUAUGCUGGAGACAACUUUGCCCGCUACAGUGGAGACACAAUCACUAUGGCUCAAACACAGUUGUUUGCCUGGGAGGCCUAUGAUAGAGGCUCUGAAGUUCAUCUGCAGGCCGAUCCCACCAAGCUUGAGCUGCUGCACCGGUCUUUCAAGGUCAAGAAGGAGGACUUUAAAGAGGAACAGAGGGAGAGCAUUCUUGACAAGUAUGGAGGUCAAGAGCACCUGGAUGCACCGCCAAGGGAGCUGCUGUUGGCUCAGACUGAGGACUAUGUGGAGUACUCUCGUCAUGGUGCUGUGCUGAAGGGACUUGACAAGGCAGUGGCUCGCUCCAAGUACGAGGAGGAUGUGCUCAUCAACAAUCAUACUUGUAUUUGGGGCUCCUACUGGAAAGAUGGUUUCUGGGGAUACAAGUGCUGUCACUCCAUGGUCAAACAGAGCUACUGCACAGGAGAGGCUGGAAUUAAAGUAAACAACUCGGACUGUACCCCAUUUGAAGAGGGAUUGAAUGAGCCCCAGGAAGAGGAAGAACCAAAGUCUCUGCUAGAAAUGCAUCGAGAUAAGAUGAUGCAGGAGAAGAAAAAGAAGAAGAAGAAGAAGAACAAAAAGAACAAGAAGCAUGGAUCUGACAGCAGUGAUUCAGAAGAUGAAGAAAAGAAGAGAGAGAAAUUAAAAAAGGCCCUUGAAGCAGAAGAUAAGCGAGUAAAGCAGGUAGAGGCGAUGAUGCAGCUGGACGAGAGAAAGAGGCCAUACCACAGCCUGCAGGAAGUGAAGGCCCCCACAGAAGAGGAGAUGGAGGCCUUCCGCAUGAAACGCAGCCGACCAGAUGAUCCCAUGGCAUCCUUCCUGGGACAGUGACCCCCUUCUCCCUCCUGUUCUUGACUGGCCUAAUACUCCCUUUAAGGACCCUGUCAGAGCAUUUGCUUUUUAAAAAUGUCUGACUCGUUUAAUGUAACCUCUGUCAUUAAACCUGCAGGAGACCGUGCUGGUAUGAACAGAACUGAAAACUGUGUACAACGUUUUGUCAAGCAUUCUGCACACUCUGGUUUUGUGGCCACAGGACUGUAAAUACUAGAGAACUGAGUGUGCUUUUGUUUGUAUUUUAUUAGUUCCAAAUGACAAAUUAUAAUUUCAGAUUACAUUUGGUCAUGGACAAAAAAAUCCUCACAUGCUAACUUGACAAUUUGAUGUGGAUUGUGUAUUUUUUAAUAAAAUAUGCUUGUUUAAAAA